UCAAUGCACACCAGAAACGGUGUCAGGCAUUGCUCUCAGUAGGUAAACCCGAUGAAGCUCUUGGAGCACACCAAUACAUGAUGGAUGCCAUCGACGAAUCUGCAAAGGCAAGCUGCCUCGAUUGGUCCAACGAAUUCAAGGAACAAUGUAACACGCUCGCUGCGCACGAUGGCCGUAUUCUUGGCGUGGAGAUCCCCGGGCAAGGUCAGGAUGGCUAUGAUACAGAACCUAAUUUCUUCUACGGAAUGCAUCAGCAUUCUCAAAUUUCCCGGUCACGACCUCAACAGCGCCCUGGGCGCCUCAAAAGACUCAUGCUCGCUAUGACGAGAACCCCUCGUUCAGCUCCUCCACCUGUACCACCCACCACCCCGUCGCCAGUCGUCGCCGCUACCACCUUCAAAACUUACCUACGACACCUAUUCACCUGGCCGCUCCAUCAUGCAGCGCCCCCUGUUGUCGGUGUUCCUUUUGCGCAAGGUCGACAGGUGCGCCCGGUUGAUUUUUAUAAUUGUGUCUUGUGUGUCUGAUAUGUAAACAUACAGCGUAAUGCUGCAGCAGGUGCUCCUGGGAGUAGCCACUCCUUGAUACGUGAUGAAGACUAUCAUGGACCUCCUUCUCCGGACCCUAAUUUACAACAGCAACAGCAACCACUGGCAGUUCAGGUAGACCCCGGAGAAAAUGGAGGCGGCUGGUCGCGUUGCUGCUGCUAGAGGAAUUAGUGAAUGUCCGGGGAAUUCAGUUCUAUUGUCGCUCGUCAUGUGCACUGGAAGCAGUACUUAUUUAUUGAUAAGUAAUGACUACAUCCUUAUUUCGUGUUAUCAUCCAUAGCUAUUUAUAAUCCAUAUCAUGUCCAG